AUGGUGCAGGCUGCAACUACGGAGACGACCGGCUUUACAACACCAGUUUUCCUCGGUUUCGACCACAUACAUCUCUACGUUGGAAACUGUCUCCAGGCGGCGGUAUUCUACGCGACUCGGUUCGGGUUCCGAGUCAUCGGCUACCGGGGGCUCGAGACUGGCUCUCGGCGCCUGUGCAGCUACGUCCUGCAGCAGGGCCGCAUCGUGUUCGUUGUUUCUUCGGCUAUGAAUCCUGACGAUGCUGAACUAUCAUCAUUUCUCUCGAAGCACGGUGACGGGGUCAAGGAUGUCGCGUUUGAAGUCGAGGACGCCCGAGCGGCGUUCACGUACGCUGUAGGGCGCGGCGCGCAACCCGUACAGCCGCCCGUCGAACUCACGGACGAGAACGGCACGGUGACUGUGGCAACUGUUUCGGCUGGCUACGGCGACCUGGAGCACACGUUUAUCGAUCGACGUGGCUGGCGGGGAGCGCACUUUCUGCCCGGGUUUGCUCCGCCGCCGCUCGAUAUGGCGGCAGAGUCGACGCUCGUCCAGGAGGUGUUCCCCGAGUGUCUGCUGUCGCAGGUGGACCACUGCGUGUCGAACCAGCCUGAACAUGCCAUGGAGCCGGUUGUCAACUGGUACACUGAAAAGCUGGGGUUUCAUCGUUUCUGGUCUGUUGACGACAGGCAAAUACACACCGAGUACUCGUCGCUGCGCUCUGUGGUGGUAACGGAUGCGCACGAACGGAUCAAGAUGCCGGUGAACGAACCAGCUCCCGGCAAACGUAAAUCCCAAAUCCAAGAAUACAUUGAUUACUUCGGCGGGCCGGGUAUUCAGCAUAUUGCACUGUAUACACCGGACAUUCUCCGCAGCGUGACCGCGUUGAGGGAGCGCGGCGUCGCCUUCAUCCAAGUGCCACCAGCGUACUACACGCUGCUGCGGGAGCGACUCCACAAGGAAUGUAUUCAGCUGAAGGAGGACUUGGAUACCAUACAGCGGCUGGAGAUACUCGUCGAUAUCGAUGAAGACGGUGGGUACCUCCUGCAGACCUUUACCAAGCCGGUAAGUCAUCGGCCGACACUCUUUUACGAAAUCAUUCAGAGACAUCGGAACACGGGAUUCGGUGUAGGCAAUUUCAAGGCGCUGUUCGAGGCCAUUGAACGCGAUCAAGCGAAACGCGGAAAUCUGUAG